AUGGAGUGUGCGACUGAGAUAUGUUGUAGAUCUAUCAACUUCAAAAAAAAAUUGACUUCAAAAAAUGAUUCAAAUUGUGAAAUGUUACACAACGUGGUUUACAAUACAUCUGAGAGAUUACUGGAGAAGAAUUCCUCUUAUAAUUAUGUUUAUCUUGUUAACCCACAAAAGGGUUACAAGAAAACCUGUUUAAAGAACACGUCGGAUGAAAAUGAAAGAGGAAAAGACUGUGCUGAUAUCUAUCACAAAGGUUUAAAACAAAGUGGAACUCAUGAAGUUAAUCCUGAUGGAAAGGGAAGUUUCAAAGUGUUUUGUGAUAUGACAACAUCAGGUGGAGGAUGGACUGUAUUUCAACGUCGUCUUGAUGGAAGUGUUGAUUUCUACCGAGGAUGGCAAGAUUACAAACAAGGUUUUGGUAACUUGAGCGGGGAAUUUUGGCUUGGUCUUGACAGAAUACACAUGAUGGCCAAUAUUUCACAAAAUGAACUUCGUAUCGACCUGGAAGAUUUCUCUGGAAACACCAGAUACGCUCAUUAUGAUUCAUUUAAAGUCAGCAGCGAAAGUGAGAAAUACACGUUGAAUGUUGGAGGUUAUAAUGGUACAGUGAAAAACUCGUUGAGAAGACAUGACGGAAUGGCUUUCACCACUAAUGACUCUGACAAUGAUAUUUGGGAUGGUGGUAACUGUGCGGUGAUAUUCAAAGGAGCCUGGUGGUAUUAUGAUGGUCAUAAAUCCAAUUUAAAUGGUUUGUAUCAUAAUGGCACAUACAAAGCAUCGUACGCUGAUGGAGUCAUCUGGGACGGUUGGAAAGGAUAUCGUUAUUCUCUGAAAUCAACAUCGAUGAAGAUACGACCACGUGAAUUUGGAAAGAAGAAAUAG